GAAAUUCUUCCAGACGGAGAUAUUUAAAAAUGAAAAACUUGAAAGAUUUUCUACGUUUAGCCCUGAUAUUCUUUUCAAUAUGUUGUAUACAUUCAGCGGCUGUUUAUAAAUCUUGUUAUGAUGCUGUUAAACAUAACAACUACGUAACUGGUAUAUAUGAUAUUCAACCUAGAGUUGGAGGAGCUACAUCCCAAAUUUAUUGUGAAAUGGUUACAAGAACUUCUGUCAUGACUGUCUUAGAUAACGAUCUUGAAAGUUUCAGUCAGUUAACGGCAGUUCAAACUGCAUUUAGCCUCGUAUUAACUCCAAAAUAUGAAUAUUUUGACGAUUCCGAUAUGGAUGAACUUUUAAAAACUGCUGGGACCUGCGAACAGAAUAUGCGCUUUUCUAAUAACAAAGCUUCUAAUAACUAUGUGAAAUUUUCUUUCUGGAAUGGAAAUUACACUAGUUUCAUAUCUGAAGAUGGAAUAUGUAAAUGUCUUAUAAGUCAAAUAUGCGAGGAUGCUAACGACACCUCGCUAGAUUGCUAUCCAGAUAUAGCCAAUGAUAAAGAUCCUAUAUUUGAUCUUAGUGGAAAAAUUUCUGUCUUACCGCAUAGAUUACCCCUAAAGAAAAUGGAGUUAGGCGAUACAAACGACGGAAUAAAUAAAUGUUCAGUAGGUAAAUUAAAGUGUACCUACGAAAUUAUUCCCAAAAUUGAAACAAUUCCCAAUAAUAAAUGCAAUAAUGAAGUGAAAAAGUUAACUGAUGGAAAUUUACAGACAUGCGUUACGUUUAAAAGAAACGAAUUAGGGAUUAAAAUAAAAGUACAAACUAUAUUUGAUUAUUUCAAGAUUUCAAAUAGAAAUCAAACAUUGGAUAAUAUUUUCGUUCAAUCGUUAAAACCAUUAAAUAAUCAAGUUGGAAAGUGUUUAUCAACACUCAACUUAUUCAAUUGUACAGUUUCGAGUAUUGGAGAAUAUAUUGUCUAUUUCCAAGAUAUUUCUAUUGAAACAGAAGUUUGUGAAAUAGAUAUAAAUUGACUAACUACAAAAUCUUUAAAAAUCAAUGAAAAGUAUUUCUGAAAUAUGAAUUUUCAAUUCUAUUUUCAAUAGUUAACAAUUUUACUCUGCCAGUUUUUAAAUAAUGUGAGAAACACGAUAGAUUUGAGUCUAUUUAAAAUAAGAAUACACACUAACGAUGGCGGAGAGAAUCACCAAAUUAUCUUUUAUUGAAGAUUUCUCUUCAUCUAUGCAAAUGUAGAUGAUCCUCCUAAAUGAUAGACAAUCUGUUUAAUCUAUUUCAUAUAUCACGAAUUCUUUCAUUAUCGUUAAAAAAAUAACAAGUGUAGUAUAAUAAUCUAAAUAUUACAAUAUAUAUAAUCUUUAUCUUUUCUAUUCAUUAUUUUCAUCAAUCAUUAUUAAGAUAACAUGUUAGAGCUAAUAACAUCAUAAUCCGUCUUUUAUUGAGAUGAAUAUACUUUCAAUUUGGAAAUGAUAAUUAAGUUAACAAACUAAUUUGAAAAUCUUCAAAAGUAGAACUAAACCCAAUUAAUUAAUUAACAUAAUUAUUCGUAGUGUUUUGUUGUUGUUGCUGUUGUUGUUGUUGUUGUUAUUGUAUUGUCGUUCGUUUGUCUUUUUUUAUAAAGAUAUUCAUUCAUAGACAAC